CUUCCGGGGAAGCCCUGUGCUGAACAGGCUCGGGAGCGCUCGGGUGCGUCCGACCUUCGCCGGCGCCGCUCUGUUCUCGCGGUGUCGGCCUGCAAUGGCGAGCGUGGUGUCGCUCGCGGGUUCGCUGGGGCUGCUACUUGUGUCUGCGCUGCCCGAGGUGCUCGGAGACCGCCCCAACCCCGACCGCCGGGCACACCCAGGGGACGCCGCCCAGGUUAGCCCUGGGGCUACGGAAACCCGGAGGCGGCCGCCGCCCAAAAACCAGCGCGAGCGGGCCUGGGCCGGGGCGCUGCCCUUGGGGGCGCUGUACACCGCAGCCGCCGUGGCUUUUGUGCUGUACAAGUGUUUACAGCAGGGAAAUGAGGCUACUUUUCUCCAAGAGGAGGCAGGCAAGAAGGAUUCACUGCAGUCAGAGCAACAGCUGGCCCAGCUGACACAACAGCUGGCCCAGACAGAACAACACCUGAACAGUCUGAUGGCCCAGUUGGAGCCCCUUUUUGAGCGUGUGACUACCCUGGCUGGAGCCCAGCAGGAGCUUUUGCACAUGAAGCUACAGGCCAUCCACCAGCUGCUACAAGAGAGCAAACCAAACAAGGGUGUGGAGGUUCCAGAACCAGAGGCCAGCACACCCUUUCCUGAGGACUUAUGUAUAGAGGAGGACGAGGAAGAGGCUGGUGACAGUCAGGCCUGGGAGGAGCCCCUAAACUGGAGCACAGGGACGAGGAACCUAGCUACUCCCAGGGAGAUGGAGCAGGGGCUAAGGAGAAGAUGCCAGAAGGCUGCAGCAAAGGGCCCAGUCACAGCCCACAAUGGGAAGGAGGGACAACAGCUGACAGUUUAGUAAAACAGAGUCUGUUCUUGUGA